AUGGCCACUUCCUCUGAUCAACUGGCUGAGCUUAGACAACAUGGUAGCUUUUUUGCCAGGUCGACACUGAAAGUAACUCUUCUGGGAAGUGAGUGGAAUUCUUCAGCUGGUGGUUUGUCAACAUUAAACAGGGAGCUUGCUAUUCACCUUUCAAAACAUCCUAAAGUGGAAGUAGCAUUGUUAGUUCCCGAGGGAUGUUGUGAAGAUAAGGAAAAAAUAGAGGCUUGGAGCUAUGGAGUAACUAUUGCCGAUGCGCCGCAUCAACCAGGCUAUGAUCCUCUUGACUGGUUAAGCUUCCCACCCAAAGACCUCAGCAUUGAUGUUGUUAUUGGUCAUGGUGUAAAGCUUGGCCGGCAAGGACAAGUUAUCCGAAAUUUUCUCCAGCUGAACAACUGUAAGUGGGUACAAGUGGUACAUACUGCUCCAGAAGACCUUGGCAAGUAUAAAAUCUACGGUGAACCUACUUCAAAAGGGGAACAAAAGCAUCAGGUUGAGGUUGACCUCUGUAAGCGUGCUGAUCUUAUCGUGUCUGUUGGACCUCGGCUAACAGAGUUUUACUCUUCGUACUUACGAGGCUGCAAGAAAGAUAAGGAUAUUUUUUCGCUUACUCCAGGACUUUUUGAUAGGGAAUUUGGGGAUUUAGUGCAAUCUGCCCAUGGCAAUGGUGACUUUAGGGUGUUAAUAUUUGGUCGUGGUGAUAAGGAGGAUUUUGAGCUUAAAGGGUACAACAUUGCUGCUGAAGCGUUUACUGACCCACGGCUGAAGAAAAAACCUUAUCAACUGAUCUUUGUUGGUGCACCUGAAGGAAAGCAAGACGAUGUUUGGGAAAGACUUCUGCAGUGCGGUGUUGCUAAAGAACAGCUAAUUGUCAGAACAUUCGUUCGUAACAGAGGCAAAAUAAAAGAUUUGCUGUGCGAAGCGGACCUUGCCAUCAUGCCAUCAAAAUCAGAGGGAUUUGGACUUGUAGCACUUGAGGCCUUAUCUGCCGGUUUACCUAUUCUGGUAGGCAGUAGGUCAGGAUUUGCCAAGGCUUUAGAGAACAUUCCUCAUGGUCAUUCGUGCAUAGUGUAUUCUGAUGACCCUGCAAAAUGA